AUGGGGAAGGGCAACCGCUCCAUGGCGAAGGAGGGGUUCGAUGCGGAGGACCGAGAACACGCGCUUGUGGGUCCCGUCCAAGACGGAGAAGCCGCCCAGCGGCAUGCAGACGCGCUCGCGGGUGCCCCUCGGCGGCGCGGCCCUGAGCGCCGCGGCGCUGAAGGGGAGAGUGGAUUGAGCCAGCAGCUUCCAACGCUGGACAAGGUCUCGGCCAACCUGGGCAGGCCCCCGCCGAGCCCGUCGGUCUCCAACCUCAGCAGCGUCUGCCUGAGCCCCGUGGGCUCGGACCGCACCAGGUGA